AUGAGUAAAGAAGAGAGGGGAGGUAAGGAACAAGGAAAAGGAAAUAAGAGAAAAAAGAACUGCGGUCGAAGAAGAAGGCAAGAGGGACGAAGUGUGGUGGGGGGGAGAGGAGGGGGACCAGAAAAAAAGCGGAGACCCAGUAAGAGGCAGGAGAGGGGCGGGAUGAAAGAAAGAAAAAGGGGGGAGAAAGAAGGGGGGAAUGGGAGGGGAGGGGGGACAGGAGACAGAGGUAGAAUAAUGUUGAGGGGGGGGGAGGGGGAGGAGAAAGGGGGGGGGAACGGAGAGAAGGAAGGGGGGGGGCGAGGAGGCGAAUUGUCACCGUUCAACACUGACUCCCCGCCCUUCCCGCCACCGCCCCCGGGCCACGGUCCCGGUGCCUGCCCACUGGCCGCGCCGGGUGCCCCGUCGUCCGGUUCCCUGUCCCGGAGCCACUUGAGUCCGCGAGGUCUGGGGUUGGCUCGGUACUACCUUAUCCGGUCCCCUGCGGGUGGCAGCCGGGUACGUCAUGCUCCGAGUCCCGCCGUUGUAGUAGUUAACCACUCUCACGUUGACCAGCGCCGUUGGUUCUCCGGGAUCAACCCCAAGGUGCCGAAUAGGUAUGAUACGGGGCAAGUGUCUGCGGGGCCCGUGUGGGCCCCGCUGCCCGCCCGGUGCCCCACCCUCACUCCCCCCGGACCCCGCGGCUGA